AAGCCGUCCCAGAUUCUGGUUGGCAGGAGCUCGACGAGCAGGCUACAGAAAGACGCUCCUGACGUCAGCCACGUUCAAAUUCAGUACAUACAAGAUCCAAGAUGGCGGAGGUGAGCGGGCUGAGGAAUCGGAACCCCUUUGAAUCAAACUGUCAACCCCGAACAUUUGACAAAGGUGUUACUGAGGUAGGGGAUGUCCCGACUUCCCAUCAUAAACCCAGGCCACCCAUGGCCCUACCUGAAGACCUGGAGGUGGAGGAGGGUGGAUUGACGCUGCAGUCCCAAAAACUGACCUUGAAAUCGGGUACAGAUGGAGCCACAACCCCCUCCCCUGAUGAAGGUUUUCAGGAAGAGGAGAAGAAGGUUGCAGCGAAGGAAGCGGCCAGGCCCAUCCAGAUCGUCCUGGCCAAUGAAGAGGAGCACAGCUUUGAGCUGGACGAGGCGGCUCUGGAGAACAUCCUGCUGCAGGACCACGUGAAGGACCUCAACGUGGUGGUGGUGUCGGUGGCUGGGGCCUUCCGCAAGGGCAAGUCCUUCCUGUUGGACUUCAUGCUGCGCUACAUGCAUAACCCGGGCGAGUCUUGGAUGGGGGGUGAGGAUGAGCCUCUGUCAGGCUUCUCCUGGAGGGGAGGCUGUGAGAGAGAGACUACAGGCAUCCAGGCCUGGAGCGAGGUGUUCGUGGUUGAGCGGUCAGACGGCAGUAAGGUUGCAGUACUGCUCGUAGACACACAGGGGGCGUUUGACAGCCAAUCCACCAUCAAAGACUGCGCAACUGUGUUUGCCCUGAGCACCAUGACCAGUUCUGUACAGGUGUAUAAUCUCACCCAGAACGUCCAAGAAGAUGACCUACAGCACCUGCAGCUGUUUACAGAGUACGGGCGCCUGGCCAUGGAGGAAAUCUACCUGAAGCCUUUCCAGUCCCUGAUGUUCCUGAUCCGGGACUGGUGCUAUCCCUAUGAACACGGCUAUGGCCUAGAGGGAGGCAAUGCCUUCCUGAAGAAACGGCUGCAGGUGAAGCAGAACCAGCACGAAGAGCUGCAGAACGUGAGGAAGCACAUCCACUCUUGUUUCUCCAACAUCGGCUGCUUCCUCCAGCCCCACCCUGGCCUCAAGGUGGCCACCAACCCAUACUUUGACGGUAGACUCAGGGACAUCGAUGACGACUUUAAGACUCACCUGGCGGAGCUGGUGCCUCUCCUCCUGGCCCCCGACCGACUGGUGGAGAAGGAGAUCGGCGGGAACAAGGUCACCUGCAGGGACCUGGUGGAGUAUUUCAAGAGCUACAUCAAGAUCUACCAAGGAGAGGAGCUGCCUCAUCCUAAAUCCAUGCUACAGGCAACGGCAGAAGCCAACAAUCUGACUGCGGUGGCCGGAGCCAAGGACCUGUACGGGAAGAGCAUGGAGGCGGUGUGCGGCGGGGACAAGCCCUACAUCGCGCCGGCCGACCUAGAGCGCUGCCAUGAGGAGUUCCGCGAGUGCUCGGUGCGCCACUUCCGCUCGGUCAAGAAGAUGGGCGGCGACGAGUUCUGCCAGCGCUACCAGAGCCAGCUGGAGGGGGAACUGGAUGAGGUCUACGCCAACUUCACCAAGCACAACGACGGCAAGAACAUCUUCUACGCCGCGCGCACGCCGGCCACCCUGUUCGCCGUCAUGUUCGCCGCCUACGUGGUGUCAGGCGUCACGGGCUUCGUGGGACUAGGCACCCUGGCGGCGCUGGCCAACCUGCUGAUGGGCGUGGCGCUACUGUCCCUCUGCGCCUGGGCCUACGUCAAGUACUCCGGGGAGUUCCGCGAGAUUGGCGCGCUCAUCGACCUGGUGGCGGAGAACCUCUGGGAACAGGUGUUUUCAAGGCUCAGGCAGCCGAUCGAGGGAGGCCUGGCUCAGCCCGCCUCUCUCCUCUGCUCCCUCUCGCCGGGCGGAGCAAUGGGCUCUCUCGCAGCGCUACUCAACAACCGCUCCAAAAAACACUAGCUGCCUCGUUCUGGUGUUUUUUGUUCCUGGUCACAGAGACUGCUUCCCAAGCUUUCUGUGGUGUGCUGACUUCCUCUGUGUCCACAUUACACUUCUCUGCUUUGCCUCGGCUGCUUUGUGCUCGCCUUGCGGUGUUGAGGCGCCAGGGGGGCGUUCUGUCUGCAGGCAUUUACCUCUGAACCCCUGAAUACGGACCAAAACAGGCUCUCCUCAGGACCUCCCGGACAUGCACCUUGCCUCACGGUUUUUAAACCCCUAUUUUGUGAUGGAUGUGAUUUGGUGGGUUGGGUUAUGGUUGUUAAUUAUGUGUUUUUGUGUCCGUUGGUUGUUUGAAUUUUUAUGCCAUCUUGUACAUAUAUUUCCGAUUUGGAAUGCAUUUUGGAUUGCAGAGCACUUCUUAGUUUUCCGCCCUCAUUUUUGUAUCUUUCAGUUCCUUAACCACACUUCCACUUAUUUUUUUCAGUUCCUUUGUCCUUGUAAUCCGUUAGCACACUUUUUCAAUUACUUGUUUCUUAAAUUCAUAUCCACAAUUAUAAGCACUGGCUCUCACCCAAAAUAUCCUUUCCUCACCUUUUGCUCUGCUCCUCACCCUUCCCCUUUCACCUCCUGCCUCUCUGCCCUCCUCCCUCUCCUCCUCCUCCUCCUCUCCUGCAGGUGUUGAAGCCACUUAGCGAACAUUAUAUGGAGGACAACGUCAGACAGACGGUGGUGAACUCUCUGAAAGCCAGCUUGACGGAGCCGGCGUCUCAGCACGGCAAGCUAAAGGCUCACUGACCCGGCCGGCUCUGACCCGCUUCCCCGCUCCCCUGUCCACCACCACCCUCACCUUGUAGAUAUGCGUGACACAUCCUAGGACUGUUGAACUGUUCACAACCAAAGUAUGAUCCGCCUUCCCCCGUCAUGCUUUGCUGCAUGCCAGUCCCUCCCGUUUGAAGUGUCCCAAUACUGUAAGCAAAAGGACCCUUUGAAAAGGGCUUCCCUGCUGGCUGCGCUCUGCUGCCCCCGGUGGUUGGUGGGGUGAAAUUGGCAUGCCGAUCGCAGCCUCGGAGCAAAGCCGAGAAUGGGUCGCCUCGAACCAAAAUAGGAGUAUAAAAAAUGUCUUGGUCUUCUCCGAUGUGCCAUGCUAACAGCGGCUCCAGCUCCACAGGUUAACACUGGAAAACCCGCCGUUUGCAGACGCGCGCUACGUAGCAACUGUACACUGUGUGUGCCCCGUUUCUGACAUCCAGCUCGCUAGCCCGCAGCGUAAGGACUCGGCGGUAAUUCAGGGAUAGCUGUGUAAUGUCCGAGGCAGACUUGAGACUGUUCAUAUUUUUACGCUGAUGAUAGCAGUCUCGGCAAUCGUCUUCCGUCAGUUAACACAAACAAUAUUCAGAGCUGGACAUUUACUUUGAUUUGACCCUGUUCGGUAUGGUUAUUUGAUCUAAUAUUUAGAUUAUAUCAUGGUAUAAUUCUUUCCCUACAGUUAAUUGUAGCUACAACCCUAAGCCUCUUUACAGAAGUUGGAUCUAAUUUUAAUUUUAUUGUCUGAUUAAACAAUCAAGCCCUAUCUGAACUGAAAGGCUGUGUGGAAAUAUAUUUUACUUUUCUCAGAACUAUUACAGGGAAAAGGCAAUCAUGUUUUUUCACAAUUUAGCUUUUAAACACUAUGGCAACACAUGAUGGUUAAUUAUAUAUUUGGGCUAGGCUCGGCUUCCCUCUGCAACUGUACCCAGUAUCAGUCCAUCCCCAUGGAUGACUAGUUUUGUCUUUAGUGGUGGUAGACCGGAACGGGGCCUGUACCAAGCAGUCAGGCUCUUCCGAGCGGCUUAUAGCAGGAGACAUGAUUUUAUUUGAGCUUGGUAUUUAGUGUGCUUCCUGCCAUUGUUUGGACUCUGCAUGGUGUUAAGAGCUAGGGAUGUACCCACUGUAGUAGCCAGAAAGAAAAUGGCAUCACACAUCCCUUUAUCAAUGUCUCGCCGUCUUUCACCGAAGCCUCAACAUCCCACGCCGUGGCAAGGUUUCCUGUAGACCCCUGGCCUCACCGGUACUUUGCUGCUUCUCACCAUUCUCUCUUGAGAGUAUCUGCCUUCAGCCUGUAGGUUGCUGUCAUUUCUUCUGUUGUUUCAACAUUGUCUUGACUUCAUCUGAGCAUUUUCCUGAAAUCCUAGAUAUGGAUGAGCUCCGAACGGCUGGAAAAUCAAGAGCUCUGGGUUUCAUUUCAUCAUUUGUUUAUCAAGAUUUCUCUUCAAAGUGUAGGUCUUGCUCGACACUGUCUUAUCCCUUGUGUUGUGAUGCUGAUGUCCUGUUGAUGAUGUUGGCUGUAAUCAGGAGGGAUGGACAAACUGACUCACCUGGGGUCAGCUCCAUCACAGCCUCAUGUGUUCCAUUCAAAGAUUCCAUCCACAACCGGUCUUGUAGGUUUUAUGUGCACUUAGUACAAGUAGGGCGUGUAUGUGAGAUCAAAUAUUGAAAUAAAAUGUAUACAUUUUAUAGAUAAUUUCAUUUGUUAUUUGAAUUUUAUCAGCUAAAACUGGUCCAUUUUGAUUUUCUCAAUUUUCAGCUGUUUGGAACAUGGCCAGAGAAUAGUUUUAAUAUUUGUUGGAAGCGCCUUUUUGUUUAAUGUAAUGAUCGGUUAUCUUCAUAACUGCCUUCAAAUACAUUUCAUGUAAUUUAUUUUUCAAUAAAAUCUGUGUUUACCUUAAUUAUAGAUACAAUUUUGUCGGCCUUGUCUUUAUCAGCUGCAGGUUGUAAAAUAGAUUUUAAGAUGCUCAAUUCACCAUGGACCAUUGUUGCUUAUCCCAUAUUAUUGUAGGAGUGUUUUGGGAAAUUCUUGCAUGGAAUUGUACGUAUUUGUUGUAUAAUGAGCCAGUAAAAGUAAAAUAUGUUGUGCCCUACAACAUGGUAGGCCCAUAGUAUUUAGCAAGAGUGAUGGUGUAAUUUAAAAGAAAGUGGAUGAGAUUCUUAGCUCAGAAGUGCUCAGACACAGGAACAUGUUUCCGCAUUCACUAGGCUGGACAACGUUGUCCGGAUGGGGCUUGCAAAGAAGCCCUCAUAUAUUGCGUACGGUUGAAAUCCUUGGCUGAUCUCAUGUUGAGAGCAGUAAGAGUACGUUAUAACUGCAACUUUAAAGCAUUAAUGAAGUGGCAAAUAGUGUAUGGAGCAUUGCUCUGACAUUAGUACUUGUAAUCCAUAGCAAUAAGUUAGAAGAUAAAUUAGUAAGAUGUGUUAAUGGUUUGAGGUAAUGUAUGCAAAACCAACAACUUAAAUUUAUUUUUAAAGUUUGGAAAUCAAUGUAUUUCCAUGAUUUCAGUUAAGGUGAAGUCUAUGCCUUGCUAAGAUUGUACUCAUUACACUUAAAGGCUGGAAAUGCCUCAAGUACCAUUGCAGCACUACCAAUGCUCACAUAAAUCUCAUGUUCUCCCACAAAAGUCUUAAUGCUUUCUAAGGACGUGAAUUGUCCAGUCAUUUAUAAAUGCUGAGUGACCUGACUUGUCAUUAGUGUGAAGUUGAGGUUUUGGGACUUGGAACCUAUAAGUUUAAUAAUUUUUUGCUAGUUUUCUACUGAUGAGUACUUAUUGAUAAAUACCAGUUUAUAUUAGCACAUACAUAGCACACAGUUUGUAUGAGAAAUAAGUAUAUCAGGAACCUUGUAUAAUGCAGUCUAUAUCAACCAACAUCUUGCAUUAUGUGGAUAUGAUUUAUUAAUUAGGCUAGAGUAAUUAAGCGUUAUACCUGAUUGUUUCAAUUGUCUCACAGUUUGUACUUGUAUUCAUACGAGUCAUGUAAAUCAUUGCAUUUGUUUGAAGUAUUAAAGGCGCACAUGAUUUGAGUUUAGCUGACUGUUUAUCUUCUCACUCUCACAGGUGUGCCGUUGAACGAAUACACGCUACUAUACUCGCUCAAGGAAGUCUCGCUCCGAAAUCUCGUCCAAUUCAGUAGAAUCUUCACCCAAAUGUUUCAGUGCUAAACUGUGCUUCUUGUAGUCCCCAUUAGUCCCUUAUACCAAUGAUACCAAUGAUCAGAAAAAAUGAGUAAUUUGUAAUUCUCCGGGCAUAUUUUUGGGUUAAUUAAUCCCAUUGGGGGCAGUGGGAGGGGCGUAAACUCUACAGGGAUGAGAACAAAUACCGGUGGUAGUAGUAGUCUUCUAAUAGUUAUAAUAGUUGUAUUAGUCCAUCAAUCUAGUUCCCAUGAAGGUGAAUGACCAAAACAAUGUACUGGUUUUUAUAUUUAAAAAAAAAACAAGCCUUUGGAGAAAAUUAGUUAAAGUGAAUGAGUGCAUGACUGAUACCACUAAUUAAGAUAAUAAAAUAGGCCUACAACACAGGGAUUGUAAGAUGAUAAGCAUGCAAGUCUUUGUAAAUGGGGAAAUAAAAAACAGUGAGAAGCAGAGGGCAACAAAUUAGUUUUAGGAAGAAACAAAAACAGUGAAGGGGAGUUUAUGGCUGACGGCGUGGAGCUGGUAAAAACAACCUUAUUGACAAUUUUCCCCUCAAACUAUAAAAAUAAAUUAAUUUUUGUAUUUAUGUUGGAUUGGAUUGGAUUCACUUUAUUGUCAUUGUGCAGAGUACAACGAAAUGAGGUUUUGUGACCAACCGGAAGUGCAAAGGAGCAGUAAAGUGCAGUUUGUACAUGAAUUAUCAGAGAAUUAUCAGAGCAGCAUAGAGUUACAAUAAGUGCAGUAAAUAUAAAUAUAGUAAUAUAAAUAUUCAAGUAGAGGGAUAAUUGUUCAGUCAACUAGCAUGGAUAUAAAUAGAAAUAGAAAUAAAAAUAGAGUACUAUGGGUGUUGAUACAGGGGAUAUGUAAAUUCAAGUAGAGGGAUAAUUGUUCAGUCAACUAGCAUGGAUUAGUGCAAUGAAUGGCCGCGGGGGGGGGGGUAGAGUUUAGGAGGGUGACAGCCGCAGGGAAAAAGCUUCCCCUAAACCUGCUAGUCCGGGUCCGGAGAGACCUGUAGCGCCUCCCAGAGGGGAGGAGGGUGAACAGUCUGUGGUUGGGGUGAGAACAGUCCUUGCAGAUGCCACGCGCCUUUCGCAGGCAUCGCUUGUGCUGGACAGCCUCGAUGGAGGGGAGUGAGGAACCGAUGAUGCGUUGCGCAGUUUACACCACGGUCAGAGACAGAGCAGUUGCCAUACCAUACUGUGACACAGUUGGUAAGGAUGCUCUCAAUGAUGCUGCGGUAGAAGUUCACCAGGAUCUGAGGAGACAGAUGGGCCUUUUUUAAUUUCCUCAAGAAGAAGAGACGCUGGUGAGCCUUCUUGAUCAGCUUAGAGGUGUUGAGGGUCCAAGAGAGGUCCUCUGAGAUGUGGACACCUAGGAACCUAUAGCUGGUGACACGCUCAACCUCCGUCCCGUUGAUACGGAUGGGGGUGUGUGUGCCACCUCUAGACUUCCUGAAGUCGACGAUGAGCUCUCGUCUUCUUAGUGUUGAGAGCCAGGUUGUUGUUGGGCGCACCAUGCAGUUAGGUGCUGGACCUCCUCCCUAUAGGCCGUCUCAUCGUUGUUGCUGAUGAGACCAAUCACCGUAGUGUCGUCUGCAAACUUGACAAUCGUAUCGGAACCAUGUAUAGUUGUGCAGUCGUAGGUGAAGAGGGAGUAGAGGAGGGGGCUCAGCACACAGCCCUGUGGAACGCCAGUGUUCAGGGUGAGGGUUGAGGAAGUGUGUUCAUCCAACCUGACAGACUGUGGUCUGUUGGUUAGGAAGUCCUGUAUCCAGGUGCAGAGGGAGGUGUUGAUGCCCAGCUCAGUAAGCUUGGUGAUCAGUUUGGAGGGGAUGAUGGUGUUGAACGCUGAGCUGAAGUCAAUAAACAGCAUUCUGACAUAGGUGUUGCUGUUGUCAAGGUGGGAGAGGGCGGAGUGGAGUGCCGUGGAGAUGGCAUCCUCUGUGCUCCUGUUCUGGCGGUAGGCGAAUUGGAAAGGGUCCAGUGUGGGUGGCAGGCAGGUUUUGAGGUGAGCCAGGACUAGCCUCUCGAAGCACUUUGAGAUGAUGGGGGUAAGUGCAACUGGGCGGAAGUCAUUCAGGCUCGCUGCAGUGGAGUGUUUUGGCACCGGCACGAUGGAGGAGGUUUUGAGGCAAACGGGGACAACUGCUUGGGCUAGUGACAGGUUGAAAAUGUCAGUCCAGACCUCAGUCAGCUGCACAGCACAGGCCCUGAGAACCCGUCCGGGGAUACCAUCAGGCCCAGCAGCCUUCCGUGCAUUAGUCCUGCUCAGUGCUGCACACACGUCAAUGGGGGAGAGAGUGAGGGGCUGGUGGUUUGCAGGGAGCACAGCCUUGAUGGCCACCUCCCUGUUUUCCCUAUCAAAGCGUCCAUGUAAUGUAAUCUUACUACAAAAUCUUUAUUAAGGUGAGUGCUGCAGCACUCAACUAUUGUUCUUAAGUUCUAUUAUUUCUUUCUUUCUAUCUUUCUUUCUUCUUUAUUAUUCUCUACAAACUUUGGGUCCUAUCUUCUUCCUGAAAUGUUCAGAAUAGCUUGGAAUCACACGGUUCUUUUCAGAUUAUUAUAUUUAAUACUUUUUAAGAAAUUCUACUUUAAAAUACUAUCUUUUUUUUAACAUUGGAGUCAAUGGGACUGUUACUUCAACUGGAGGACUUAACUAAAUCAAUUUUCAACCGUUUAUCUUCGUUCAAACCAUUUAACAAAUCUACGGAAUCAUUUCUUUCUUCAACUUUCUUCAGAAUCACAGUUUUAGUUUCAUACCGGCUUCAUUUUCAGCUGUUUUCAUUGAAGACGUCUGCCCAUUCUGACACUCGUACUUCUUAAAGGUCCCAUGGCAUGCCACCCGGUGUGGUUUGAUUAGCCGGUACAAGCCAUUUUGGAAAUCUGCCCCUUAUGACAUCACAGGUGGGCGUGUCCACCUAGUUGUGUGCUGGAUAGAUCAGUCUACCAGCCUACCCAGUGGACUGUAGAAAACGUUGCUCAUCUAUCCGUCACACAUCUAGGUGGACACGCCCACCUGUGAUGUCCUAACGGGGCAGAUUUCCUCACGAGUUUGUCAUAAAUGUACAUAUAUGAAUUACAAACAGGCUAUUUUUUCACUUAAGCCCAGUUCAGACCAAAGAUUCACCUUGCAACGAGACGGUUUUAGAACGUCGCAGGGGCGGUGUGAACCGGUCGUUGCAAGGAGUCGCAAGGAGUUGCAAGGAGUCGCCAGAGAUUGAACAUGUCAAAUCGCAAGGUCCAGUUUUAGAACGCGGCGAUUUAACUAUUUCUCUUCAGCCAAUCACAGCACAGAACAACUUGUACGUCGCGGCCUUACUCCGUCCCGGUACCGUACUGUCCACCCCAGCAUAAAAAUAUCAGAUUGAAAUAUCCGAUAUCCGGAGAAUGGCAAAACACAGUAACUCUAGCCUACUCUCAAGCAAAAUAAAAAUAAAACUAAUUGCAAACCUAACUAAUUGCAAACCUAACUAAUUGCAAACCUAACUAAUCGCAAACCUAACUAAUCGAACCUACGCAAAUGAUGCUGUUGCGGCUCUCAGCUGUGCCAGAGAUUUCACAGUUGCUAGGGAAACCACCUAGCGUCGCAGCCCGCUGCAGCCAGUGUGAACAGCCCAGUUUUAGAACGUCGCAGCCCGUCUCGUCGCAAGGAGACGCAAGGAGUUGCGAGUUGCAAGCCGCCCAGUCUGAACUGGGCCUUAGGGUCUAAGAAAUAAAUAUGCAAAUAAAAUAAUUUAAUUAAUUGCUAUCUAUUGUUGUCGUGGAUAUUUUCUAAUCACAGUGGUCUAGCAUCUGCCCUUUACAUCAGAGAAAUUAGGCCUAACAAUAACCCAUUGUAUAGUUAAUGUUAAUAAUAAUGUUACUGAUGAGCCUUUGUCACAAUUACAAAGACACUGCUGCAUGGGAAAUUGCAAGCACAUAUAUUCGAUUCAGGUGAGUUUCUCGGCAGGCGACCAAGACUAUCUGUUGUUGUUAAUACGUCUUUUUCUUCAUUACUCUCAAUGCCAGGGGGAUAAGGGAUAUUUUUAAGCGCAAAGAGUUAUUUUUGUUUGUCAAGCAGCACAAAUCUGAUUUCUGUUUCAUUCAAAAGUCAAACUCAGUUCCGGAUGAUGGUAUAUUAGGGAGAUCCCAGUGGAGAAAUGAUCUGUGGCAGGCUCAUGGGUCUGAACAUUCUGCUGAUGUUGCGACUCUAAAAUAUAAUUUUCCAGGGACUAUUCUAUUAUCCGUCAGUGAUACAUAGUGUUAACCGUUGAAAACGUUACUUUGGUAAUUAUUUACCUAUAUGGCUCUAAUUCUAACCAUGAGAAACAUGAAACAUUAGAGAGGCAUAUACAAAAUACCCUUAAUAGCUUUCCAAAUUCAGGUAUAGAAAUAGGGGGAGAUUUCAACAUGAUAUAAGAUCACAACAUUGACUGUUGGCCUCCACGUGCUUCCACUGCAGUAAAUUUAAACGUACAAUUAUUUAUGCAAAAAUACGACUUGACUGAUGUAUGGAGGUUUAACAAUCCUAACAUAAAUGCCUUUACUUGGAGCAAUAGAAGUGCCACCAGACGUUCACGAUUGGACUAUUGGUUAGUUUCUGAUCAAUUGAAUAUUGAUAAAAUAUUAGUUAAUAUCAUCAUAACCCCAUUAACAGAUCAUAAUGCAGUCUCCAUUCACUUUACUUUACUUACAUAGCGGCAUUUGGCAGACGCCUUUGUCCAAGGCGACAUACAACAUAUAAAAAAACACAUCAUGACAUUAAGUGCCAACAUAGCACAAACUGAUAAAAGAAGGGGAAGUGAACAUUUGUUUUUAGAAGGACUGAGUGAUCUGGAGCCUAAGCGUCUUAAGGCAGGGAGGAACAGCUGAAGUAGGUGAGUCUUUAGAUGUUUUUUAAAAGUGUCCAGACUGGGGGACGAGCGGAUGGGGCCCGGGAUGUCGUUCCACCAUUGUGGCAACAGGAAGGAAAACAGUCUCGACUGGGACUUUGUGGUGGUGUUGGCGCGGCGUAGGAGACGUUCCUGGGAUGAGCGCAGGGGUCUGGCAGGGGUGUAGGGCUGUAUAAGCACACUGAGAUAGGAUGGCGCGGACCCUGCGAGAACCCUGUAGGCCAGGGUCAAGGAUUUGAAUUUAAUCCUUGCUUCGAUGGGGAACCAGUGCAGUGAGACCAGGAGAGGUGUUACAUGUGCCCUCUUUGGUUGUGAGAAGAUGAGGCGGGCUGCUGCGUUCUGUAUCAUCUGGAGAGGUUUGAUGGUACAUGCUGGAAGGCCAGUCAGUACGGAGUUGCAGUAAUCGAGUUUUGACAAGACCAUGGUCUGAGCGAGAAAUUGGGCUGAGUACUGGGAGAGAUAGGGUCUGAUCUUCCUGAUGUUGUAUAGUGUGAAUCUGCAGGAUCUGGUGACUGUAGCAAUAUGUUCAGUGAAGGUGAGGCCAUUGUCUAUUAUUGCGCCUAAGUUUCGAGCAGUGUUGGUUGGUGACAGGGAGAGUGAAUCCACCUGAACAUUGAUAUGGUGGGAGAUGCUCUGUUUUAGCAGGGAACACUAGCAGUUCAGUUUUUGCUAGGUUAAGCUGCAAGUGGUGAUCUUUCAUCCAGAUAGAGAUGUCCCGCAGGCAAGCAGAGAUCCUAGCCGAAAUUGAGGGGUCUUCUGGGGAAAAGAACAGAGUGUCGUCUGCGUAGCAGUGAUAAGAGAGUUAUAAGAUCUCUCUUAUCACGGCUAUAAGAUCAAGAAAAAGGUGGUUUGAAGAUCGGGAACAGAACUCUGCCUAUAUUUUCGGCUUAGAAAGAUAUCAUGGGAAAUUCCAUUUAAUCCAGCAAUUUAAUAUUAACGAUACUAUAAUUUAUAAUCCGAAGAGCAUAGCUGUUUUCUGUUUGGACUUCUAUAGAAAUGUAUACAAAUCACAAUAUUGCCAUCAAUCAGCCACUACUUUCUUGAAACCACUUAUCGUCACACCAAUCUCUCAAGAUGAUAGGAAAUUUUGCGAUGAUAACCUUGCAGGAAAUCACAUUGGCUAUUGAAAAUUGUAAAACUAAUAAAUAUCCUGGAGUUGAUGGCCUCUCUGCAGUUUUUUCAGGCUUUUACACAAGAUUUAGCUCCCUUUCUACUGGAAGUUAUAUUCGAAAGUGUUGAAAAAGGUUCUUUAUCUCCAUCACUGACCCAAGGCUUAAUUUCAUUAAUCCCCAAACCCAAAAAUGAUUCACUGUUGAUUGAUAUUUGGCGACCUAUUACGUUACUAAACACUGACUACAACAUUUUUGCCUCAAUAAUUGCAAAACAAUUGAAUGUUUUAUACCCUAUUAUUGUUGAAGUCCAAUCCAGAUUCAUGAGAAAAAGACAUAACUCAAACAAUAUUCGGCUUGUCAUAGAUAUAAUUGAUUAUUCAUUUUUAUGUCCUGAUGAUAGCUUUUUCUUUUUGUUGGACUUCUAUAAAGCUUUUGACACAGUAUAACAUAACUUUAUAUUUCAAACUAUUGAGAAAUUGGUUUUUGGUGAUCUUUUCUGUAAAGCUGUUAGAACAAUGUACUCCAAAGGCAAUAGCUCUAUCAGAUUAAAAAAUGGGACUUUGCCGAGAUCUGAGCUGCAAAGAGGCAUCCGGCAGGGCUGCCCUGCCUCUCCCUACCUAUUAAUUUUAUGUACACAACUUCUUUCCACCCAUAUUAAAAAUAGUGCUUUAAAAGGAAUUUAAAUUGCAGAAAGAGAAGUGAUCCUCACCCAAGUAGCAGAUGAUACUACAUUAUUUUUAAAAAAUGCCAGCCAAACAAUAUCAUUAUUUUCCGCAGCUUCUGGACUCUGCUUAAAUCUGAAGUGUGAACUUUUUUCCCUUAAAGAAAGCAACACCUCUCAGGUUUGUAACAUACCAAUCGAAGAUAAGAUUAAUUAUCUAGGGAUUAAUAUAAUGAAAAAUUAGGAGGAGAGAUGCUCUGUACACUUUAAUUUGAUUAGUGAUAAGACAAAGAAAAACCUUAAUCAAUGGCUGCAGAGAGAUUUAUCCUUGAAAGGACGAGUAUUGUUGACAAAGGCAGAAGGUUUAUCUCAUCUUACAUAUGCAGCUAUCCCCUUGUUUGUCAACAAAAAACUCUGUAACUCCAUUGAUGAAUUACUUUCAGUUAGAUUUGGAAAAAUCUGUUAUUAUGAACACCUUUGACACGGUGGUCUAAAUUUUCUUGAUUUAACAACCCUUAAUAUUACUUUUAAAAUAAAUUGGAUAAAGCAUUUUCUAAAAAAUCCCACAUCUACAUGGAAUUUUAUACAUAACUAUAUUUUCUCUAUUGUUGGAGGUCUAGAUUUUUUUCUUUUAUGUGAUUAUAAAAUAGAAAAUAAAUCCCUUAAUUUUAUCCAAAUUCCACAAACAAAUGCUCUUAGCAUGGUCGUUAAUCUACAAACAUAAUUUCUCCCAUAGGUGCUUCAUCUGGAAUAAUCGGCUUAUUAAAUUCAAGAAUAAAUCUUUUUUUUUUAUAAAACUUGGUUCAAUAGAAGCAUAAUUCUAGUAUCCAAAUUACUAAAUGAUAAUGAAACUUUGCUGAAUUAUUCUGAAUUCCUUCACACUUUUGGCAUUCCAAUCACCCCAAAAGAGUUUACUAUUGUUACGGAUGCCAUCCCAUCUGGUAUUUUAACUCUCUUGAGAGGGACUGGAAAACCAGACUGUUUACCAGCUUUGGACCCUAAAUUGACCUCAGUUGGUAAUGUUAACUGCCGCGUUUCCACUGCAGGGUGCGGAACGGAUCGGAUCGCAAAGGUGCGGUACGUAGGGAGGGGGCGGUAUAGCCCUGGGCCCCGUUUCCCGAAAGCGUCGUUAGCCUAACGCCCCUUGCCCACUACCUCCGUCAGUUGUCCGUUGCCCAUUGACUUUGAAUGGGGACGGACGCGCAAUGCAUUGUGGAUCCGUCCGUUCAGUUGGAGCGUUCGCCACCGUCAGAAAGUUGAAAAAUGUUCAACUUUUUCGGCAGCGACGGUUCCGUCAUCCAAUCAGAUCGCGUAUGCAAAUUUAAGCACUGUGACGCGACUCGGGCUCUGACGAUACUGGAAAGUGGGAAAGCGGGUCAUCUUGCCUCGCAACAAGCAGGAAGAAGCGGGAAGAACCCGGCGAAGCGAUUUGAUUGGCUGACGGAUGCCUCUGCAAAGACUACUCCCCCAUCCGUCAGCCACGCCUUCCCACGUCCGUUGACUGACGGUGCAGUGGGCACGAGGCGUUAGUGGAUCGUGAAGUGCGUCGAAAGGGCAUCGUAGAGUUUUCACCGCGUUUCCCGAAAGCAUCGUGGGGAACGAACGUCUUGAAAACGCUCGUAGCUAACGAGUACUCCAGGGGUGCUCGUAGGUACUCGUAGGACGCUAAGAGCAUCGUCAGCUAUAGCCUCAGUGGCGUCACCAUCGGACAUUCCGUAUAUUGGAUGCGUUUUAUUAAAACGCAUUGCGCCUUUAUGUUCUUAGUUUGGUAAUUAAUAAAGAUUAUUAAUUAAUUUAUUAAUAAAGAUGUUAAAAUGGCCAAAAUAAAACGGGCCAGUCCAGAAAAUGUUUGCGCAGGCAGGGCACUCAAAAUGUGUGAGAGAAAGUGGGGGGAUUUGUGCAGACUGACAUACGAUACUCAUAAAACGUAGCAUAAAAUAAUGUAAAAAAAUAAAUAAAUUAAACAAAUUAAAAUUGGUCACGUUGACGGGAAUGUUUAGUGACAUGAGGGAGGGUGGAGGGGGUUAAAAAAAAGUCUCAAUCACUAUUCGACGCGCAUGAAAACCAGCCGCGUAGUUAUGAGGGAGGCCGUCCUCACACCAAUCUUCCUCAUCGUCAUCGUCCUCAACGUCCUCCGGUUCAAGCAAUGCCACCCCAGCCUUAGCUGCAAUGUUGUGCAACAUAGCCGUCACACAUAUCACGGCGCAUGACUUGGCCGGCGAAAACUGGAGCCCUCCGCCUGACUUGUGAAGGCAUCUAAAGCGCAACUUCCACCUCCCGAUCGUGCGCUCAACGAUGCACCGGGCCAGACGGUGGGCUUCGUUGUAUUCCUCAUCAUGGACGUCUCCCGGGUUAUUCACAGGUGUGAAGAGGAAUUAUUUCAGGGGGGAAAAUGCCGUGAAACGCACAGUGCAUUCAGGAUUAGGACUGAUAUAUGUCGGUUUAAGCCUAAUCAAUUGUGUUUUAAUGUCUUUAGCAUUCAUAUAAUUGCAGUAAAAAAAUUUUGUAGGCUACUCUGCUGUUGUCCUUGAUGGGGAUAUAUUUUAACCCUUUUUAACACAAUUUUCCUGCGACAUUCCUGCGUCUCCCCCUCCUACGGAGCCCUUUUCAGCACCGUGUCAGUAGACAGUUACAAUCGACGUCGUGAGUGCAGCGAAUGCGCGUUCACGUUAAGAGGAGUUUCGGGAAACGCUCCAAAGAAAUUGACGAUGGAUCGCAAGAUCCAUCGUGAGAAUGAUCGUACGAGCGUGGAUCCAUCGUUAUCGGGAAACGGGGCCCAGCUCAGUUCCGAGGUCGCGUUUCCACUGCCGACAGUACCCUUUGUGGUAGGCCGGAUGUUGAUCGCCGCGGCAGCUACGUAAACAUCGUAAACAACGUCUUCCUCCCCAAGAAUGCAGACGAACGUCUCCACCUCCUUGUUCGCCCAAGCAAGCGUUUUACACGACAUGUUAAUUGUAAAGAAUAAUACCUCGAGGCUACUGUUUGUUUGUUUUUAUCCCCGCGUCACCCGGAAGUGAUGAUUCUGUCGACCAAUCAACGGAGGGGGUGUCUAGCUAGAAUUUCCCGGGACCCUUUCAGGCGUCUCGUCUCGUUUUCGGUACCCCAACGGAGGAGUCCCGAGAACGAGGCCGGAACGGGUACGGCAAAGUCCGGGUCACGCCCACUUUUGGCGGUGGAAACGCGACCCGAUCCGCACCUUUGCGAUCCGAUCCGUUCCGCACCCUGCAGUGGAAACGCGCCAUGUAUAUGUUUCGCUACCACAAUGAGGAAUAAUAAUCGUAACAUUCGCUCUUUAUUCCAGAGAGAUGUCAACAGUACCCCUAAUGUUGUUCCCUAUUGGUCUAAUUUUGUUGACAACUUGAAUUUGGGAAAUAUCUGGAACCUUCCUUAAAAAUACCUCCUUACGAAUAAAGUAAGAGAAAUGUCAUUCAAAAUCAUACAUAGGUAUUAUCCUGCUAAGCAAUAUCUCCUUAGGUUUAAGUUUGACGUAUGUGUUAACUGUUCUUUAUGUGGAAUAUGUACAGAAACAAUGGUGCACCUGUUCUGGCAAUGUCCCUACACCACCACUUUAUGGAAAGAUCUAUCCCGAUACAUUACCGAUAAACUUGUCGCUGAUUUUUCUUUGUUGUGGAAAGAUGUACUGUUUGGUUUCCAUGACAACAAAAGUAAAAAACAAAGAAAUGUACCUGAUUAAUUCGUUGAUCAUUUUAGGGAAACAACAUAUUCACAAAGCCAAAUUUAGUAACUCUAAACCUUCUUUUAUUGCUUUUGGUAGGGAAAAAGAGAAUGUCAAAACCAUCUAUGACUCAAAAAAUAAGAAUGCUGCUAAAUCCAUUCAGUUAUGCUCUAUUUUUAAUGUAUGUAUUUGAAACUCCCCCUGGCUCUGCUGUUGAUCAAUUAUUAAUGACUGUUUGCUUGUUCUUGUUUGUAUCGUAAAGAUUUAAUAAAGAUCAUGAGCACGCACAAGAGAAACAUGAAAGAGAAACAAGAGAAACACAACAAGCACGCACGCACCAGCAGUACAGGACAAUACAUUUGACCUUUCAGAUACUUCAGUUCAAUUAAUUGUACAUUUCUACAUUUUUAGCAAUGCUUUGCGCUUUUCAUUCAGCUGUCACUUUAUUCCAAAUAAAGUGACAGCUUUGGACAAAUUUGGAAACUUUAUUUCCAAAUUUACAUUUACUUAGAUGGUGUGCAUGUUUACAUUGUUUAGGCCUACUCCAUUUUACUUUUGUUCAAAUCCCUUCACUUGUGGCUUGAUUUAAAGGCCGUGUUGCAGGGUUUAUUUUCCAACGAAUUUGUGCAAUUUGCUUGUGGGUAUUUAAGAUUUAAACUGUUAUUUAUUGUAUUUAAUGUUGUUAGGUAUCACAAAGCGGAAUGUUAUACGAAAAAGUAGGUAGCCUACUAUUUUAGAGGUUUGCUAUUGAUUCCCUCAGAAUGGGGAGACACGGACCAAAGCC